CAACAAUAACAUAACUCCCCCUCAUAAAUUUGUGCGUAUAUUCCCUUCUUCCUUCCUUCCUUCCUUCCUUCGUCUGCUCAUUUCUCAGCCAGGGCACGGAAUAAUAUUCAACUUGGAUUGUGUGCCGCUGAGAUCUCUCCCUGAGCUUGGCGCCUUUUUCCAUCCAAUGCCACACAUUUCUCCUUCCGCUUCGAUCCGCCGGUGACUGUUCCUCCUUCUCCUCCUCCUUGCUCUUUUCCUUUCCAAGCUUUGUCACUAUGGACGCCGUCGGGAUCUGGAGCCGCGAUAUUGGGCCGCCGGAACCCUGGCAUUCCGUCACCGCUGUUUGCUUCGCGGUCUGUCUCUGCGGCGCUAGGUUCCUCCUCGACAAAUUCCUCUUUCGGGGUUUGACUGUUUGGUUGUUAGGCAAGAGAGCAGCUUCAGUGAAGAUAGAUGAGGUUACACAGGCGACAAUUGUUAAAUGCACCGAGUCAAUGUGGAAGUUGACAUACUAUGCCACUCUUGAAGUGUAUGUUCUGAAGAUUCUGUUUGAGGAGCCAUGGUUCUGGGAUUCACAGCUGUACUUCAGAGGCUUGCCAAAUCAAGAAUUGAAGCUUUCCAUUAUGCUAUAUUACAUGUGCCAGUGUGGAUUCUACCUCUAUAGUAUUCCUGCUCUCAUUCUGUGGGAAACUAGAAGGAAGGAUUUCUCUGUCAUGAUGUCUCAUCAUGUUGUUACAGUAGCAUUGAUUGGAAUCUCGUAUGUUACAAGCUUUUUCCGGAUAGGUACUAUCAUCCUGGCCCUCCAUGAUGCUAGUGAUGUAUUCUUAGAAGCUGCUAAGAUCUUUAACAAGACCAGGAAGGAGCUUGGAGCAAGCAUUUGCUUUGGUUUAUUUGCUGCCUCGUGGCUCAUCCUGCGAUUGAUAUUCUUCCCAUUUUGGGUUAUCAGUAGUACAAGCCGCGAUCUUGUGGAGUACUUGGAUUUAAGACGGUGGUACCCAAGGUCAUUGUACUAUGGGUUCAACACGUUACUGAUUACGUUACUUAUAUUCCACAUCUACUGGUGGAUUCUGAUAUGGGCUAUGAUAAAAAAGCAACUAUUGAAUAGGGGAAAGGUUGAAGGCGAUAUAAGAUCUGACUCGGAAGAAGAGGACUGAAAGGGUAAAGGUGAUGUUGUUCGUCGGAGAUUUCUCGGGUUGUCUGCCUGAUAGAUGGCAGUAGGGGCGCGGCAAUCAGGGGUUUUGACUUUGAUUCUUGUUGUAGGGUGGGGUGCUGGCGAACCCUAAUAUUAGUUCCAGCUUCUGAGAGUUUGGAUGUGGUGCAACUGUAGAGAUGAGUUGACGAAGUAGGAGCAAAGGAUUAGAGCAGGGAGGGAGGCAGGCAGGCAGCAUGAUGGUCUUCUUGUUAGUUGAUUUUGGGGUUGGUGUCUUUUACAUUUUACAAUUUACUCUUCAUUUGGUGUACACAUGAUAUGAUAGGCAACUCAACUCCUGUAACAUAAAAUUUUCCCAAGCUCGGUAAAUCGACAGAGUAUAUAGUUGUCGUUCCCAAUUUACAAGUACCAUAUAUGAUUAUUUGAAACUAUGCUACUCUCUGCGCCUCUUUUAU